UCCUUCUUCUGCAGCUCCUGGUGCUGCUUGUAUGCUAGUUCGGUGCGGACCUGGUACCUCUUUUGUGAAGCGGCAAGUGAGGAGACUCUGGCACUCGCCAUGGCCGACGAAAAACCCAAGGAAGGAGUCAAGACUGAGAACAACGAUCAUAUUAAUUUGAAGGUGGCGGGGCAGGAUGGUUCUGUGGUGCAAUUUAAGAUUAAGAGGCAUACACCACUUAGUAAACUAAUGAAAGCCUAUUGUGAACAAUAGAGUUUGUCAAUGAGGCAGAUCAGAUUCAGAUUUGACGGGCAGCCAAUCAAUGAAACAGACACACCUGCACGGUUGGAAAUGGAGGAUGAAGAUACAAUCAGUGUGUUUCAGCAGCAGACAAGAGGUGUCUUCUAAAAAGGGAGUCUGCUACUUUACUCCAGAACUCUGUUCCUAG